CGGCGUCCGUCUUGGUCUUGGUAUUUCUGUUUUGGGGGCGGAGCACAAAUGCUUGUCUCGGGAAUCGGGCAAGUUGGUGAUGAUGCCCUUUUUUUUUUUUUGUUUCUAUGGUGUUUUUUUUGUUUUUUGUGCACAAACGCUGUGGCGCUGCGCACGUUUCCCAUUGACAGCCUGCUACUGAGCGGUGCCGGUGUGCCGAGAGUCAGAGCAGAGCACCUGGUCCUUCCAGUGGCCGCUCAGGGUCUCGACCGUUCGGUCAAGGCGCAAUUUCUAUAGCGCUGCGCCUCGUCCGUGGUGUUGAUUGGUAAAGAAACUCUUUGUAAAUUUCUCCUUUCUUUGUAUUUUCUUUCUUUCGUACCACAAGUAGCGGAAUAUACACAAUAGAAUAAACCCAAAACACGCAUCUUUUCAGUACAAACACACCUUCAUCUAUCAGCCUGGCAGCCAGCCAUGCCCACAGCCACCACCGCCAACAUCGCCAAUCUUGGCCCCCUAACAACCGUCUUCCCAACACCCGCCGCGUCUUGUACACAACUUGCGUCCAAUGGCGCAAACGGCAUGGUCAUCAUCACCGGCACGCAGAGCGGAAAGGCCGUGAGCUCGGAUUACCAGUACAUUGGCUGCGGCCUGCCCACUGUCGGCACCUGCCAGCCCAGCGGCGUCCAGCGCGAUCAGGUCGAAGGCCGCAAGGACAACUCCUUCUUCCAGUCGGCCGCCUACUUCUCGCCGGGUGUCGAAUGUCCUCAGGCGUGGACAACGGCGCUCACUGUCAACGAUUUCGACGGCAACAAUGACUCCAUGCAGCGCUUCCUGAGCGGCGCCUCGGACCGCGACAUCAUGCGCUUCCUCAACCAUGUUGGCUGGACCGACAAGGACGAGAUGAUGGCCAUUUGCUGCCCCAAAGGCUUCCAGCUGAAAAUGUAUGACGGCCUCCAGUGCCUCUCCAGCGUCGCCCCCGAAUCCAAAUACUCCUACACCCAGGCCUGCGAGCCCGACUUUCAAAACUUCCCUACAACUGUCAAGAACGGCCAGACCAUCAUCGACUUUGCCGCCGCCGCCGCCAAGACGUACCCUCUCACCCACGUGCCUCUCACCACCGCCCCUCCCGAUCUCACAAGCGCUGUCGCCAACAUGCAUGUCUCAGUGGCGCCCAUCACACUUGUCCGCAAAGACACCGACCCAAGACCAGCGGGCAGAGGCCCCAAGCCUGCCGAUAAGGACUCCAAGGUCAACGGUAACAGCAAUACCGGCGAUGGCAAGGACAAUGGUAAGGAGGACGCCGCUGCAGGCUUCCGGCCAAGCCUCUGGAGUGUCUUGUUGGGCGCUUCUAUCGCCAUGGGCCUUGCUGCUGGUGCUGUAUAAUUGAUAUUGCUCGGUUCUUCGGUCUUGCACUUUUCACCAUACCUCUGGACAAGCAAUAUGUCCCUUGCACUUUCUGUACAUUUUCCUCGGGUUUUAUUUUAUUUUCCAUAGAUGUAUUUAGCGACAGCGAGCAGGCUAUCUUUUUUGUUUUCGUUCUUAUAGACUAAACUUGGGCUAUAUAGAUCUUAUUUACCCUCUUCUGGAUAUACAUAAUAGGUAACAAAAGAAUAUACCAUUUUUUGCAACUUCAUUCGCUCAUUCUAGUCGAGAUGAACAACACAAAACACAUGAACCGACAUCAAAAAGAAAAGAUAUACAAACAAAUGCGAAGCCCGUUUUGCUACUAUUGAGAGCCUGGAGUCCUCGGUGAGGUAAAGAUCUUGAGAAAUGCCAAAAUCGUUGCAACAAGAUCAGCUGGCAAGAAUUUGACCUGAGACGCAUCCAACAAAGUGGUAGGAUAUGUUGUCUUGUUGCAGCCGCUUUGGGGCUUGCCUUCCAGACGAUCUCGGAGCCAGGCAGCAGCUCUCAGCGAGCCAGCGAGCAAUUCAGUCUCAUGGUUACCAAUUGCACUGCGCACAUACUCGAUGCUGACGCCCUUGGCGCACUGAUCAUCGUAAUACUGGUCGGAAUCUGCGACUGGUGAAACCUCAUCUUGCACAGCCUUGUAGAUAAAUAGCGGAACCUGUGGCGUACCCAUCUGGCCAAGGUCAUUAUCGCGAAACGCUCCGCUAAUAUACUUGUUGGCAAAGAUGUCGGGCGUGUCAAAGUACGUUCGGAAGUCUGUGAGGGCAAACUCUUUGUUGAGUGAGCCGAGGCAGAGCGCAUCUGCCUUGUCAAACUUGGCUUUAAAGUCUGGCUUGAUCAGGCGGUCCAGUUCCUCUGCCACCUCUGGGUAUUGCGUCGCCAUGCCCUUGAACGCUGCAGGGAUCAAGCCGGCCGCAAGACUGCCAUUGUCAACGGCAGCCGAGUUGGCGAUGCUGGGGACCAGGCCACCCAGCGCAGCGCCGACAAUCUUGACCUCGGGUGCAUACGUUGGCUGCAUCUCUGUCGCCCACUCGCUCACCACACUGCCCCCAGAGUAUCCCCAGAGGGCUACGGCGGCAUCGGGCUCGAUGCACGUUAAAUGCAUCGACUGGAGAGCCGCUCGGAUGCCAUCCAGCGUUGCUUGAGCACCGGCUUUGCUGACGAGGAACGACGCCUCAGGGCCUUCGUGGUCUGGGAUGAUCACGAUCCAUCCCUGUUCAAGCGCAGCUUCAAUGAAGAGUCCCUCCAAUUGCGUUGUUGUUGUGCCGUUGGUAAUGGCGGCUUCGGUUCCCUUUUGAUACACGUACGACGGAGCGCAGUUUACGUACGCGGCGUCCUCGGCAAUCUGAUAGGAAACCACUUUGGAGAAAUCCGGGUUUGGCGGCACCAAAACGGUGAGAACAGUUGCUGUUGGCGUACCGAAGCGGUCAGCGGUUCGGUACAGAAUCUGAUGAGCCGACUCAACAGAGUAUGGGCGUGCGGUAAACAGAAUUGGCGCUGUCGGCGUGCGGUGGCGGAUAAUAGCCCCUGGGGAAAAGUAUUCGAUAUUUUGAGGAAUGCCGUAAAACGGAUCUUGGCUGGGUGGCAGAGGUGCGGUUCUGUUGUUGCUGCUGUUCUCAUCAAGUGGUAGCGCUAGCGUUGAAAGGGUAAAUAGGGCCAGCACAGCAGCUACGACGAGCUGUAGGCGCGCUGGGACAGCCAUAGCUACGACGUAGACGAGAUGCUGUUCAAAGCUGUGGGAGAGGAAAAAAAAUUAAAGAAAAACAAAAGAGCAGCCCUUCAUAACUCGAUAACUGACAUUGCGCCGCCAGGACCCGGAUUGGGUUACCUUCGGGGCAAUUACACCGCGAAUAGCGGGCGCGCUAAGAGCCGAUCAUUUUUGACAAGGUUUGGACUACUACGUCACGUCCCAAACAGCGGGGGGGGGG